GAGACUUCAGGAAUGAAAGUAAAACUCAGAAAGUAAAAUGGUUUUGCUUCGGAAAGUAUCGUCUAUUUUAUUCUGUUUAACUCUGACAAAAUUCGGUCUCAUCAGUUGUGUUCUGUAUGUUGAGAAUGGAACAAGUCUGAAUUUAGAUCCAGGUAUGAAAGGAACACCCGAGGACAUUUUGUGGACAUUCAAUGAAGACAAAGUGGCUGAACGGGAUGUGAGUGACUUUCAAGAAUAUGGUCGAUUUAUAAAGAGAACAGAGAUCGAAUUUACUACUGGACGUCUCAGAGUUCAUCGGAUGACCAGAGAUGACAGCGGAUUUUACAAAGUUAUGAUUCAGAUCAAUGGAAAGUUACAGUUUUAUGAAGUAGAUGUUGAAGUCAUUGACGGUGUGCCAGAGCCGCAGGUGACGUGUGAACUGAACAGCUCUUCACAAUCCAGACACUUAUUGUGUUCAAUGACAGAUGAGAUUAAUGUGACGUACACAUGGACUGGACCAGAUGGGCCUCAGUCCGGUCAAACACUUGAGAUUGAUAAAGAUGUGCCGUCUGAAUCUCUUUAUAUCUGCGCAGUCAAAAAUCCAGUGAGCCAAAAAAACAAAAGCAUCAUUCUGAGAGACUGCAGCACAGGAUCAGAUGGAUUAAACCUUCAUCUCAUCAUCAUUACUCUGGUGAUCAUCGGCGUGAUCUUGAUUGUCGGAGCAGCUCUGGUCAUUUAUUUCAAAUGCUGGAGAAACAAACGUAAACAGAUGCCUCCAGAAGCUGCAGAAGCCAUGAGACUUCUGGAUUCGCCAGGAAAACAGAAUCUAGAUGAGAAGCAGAGUUGCAGAGAUGAUCAUGAAGAUCUGUGUGAGCACAACAAUGAAGGAGAAAUCAUGGGAAGUCAAGAUUCUGAUGGAAACACUGAUGAAAACAUCUCAGAGCAAAAUAAAGAUGUUCAGUCUGAGUCUAAGAAGAUUCAUGAAUCAGAUCAAAACAGAGUUCAGCGAGUACAUGAAGGAACACUGAACAAUGAAGGAGUGAACAUGAUCAACCAGGAGACUAAAUCAAACACAGAUGAAAACAUCUCAGAGCAAAAGAAAGAAGAUGUUCAGUCUGAGUCUGAGCAGAUUGAUGAAUUAAAUGUUCAUGAUGGAGAUCAAAACAGAGUUCAGCGAGUAAAUGAAGAUGACGGAACUCUGAACAAUGAAGGAGCAGGUGUGAUGAUCCAGGAGACUAAAUCAAAGACUGAGGAAAACAUAUCAGAGCAAAAGAAAGAUGACAUUCAAUCUGAGCUGGAACAGAUACAUGAAUCAGAAUACAGUGAAGAAGAAAAGGAGGAAGAUCUGAAAAUGAGUUGUGACGGAAGAGAAUCUGUGGAUACAAAUGAACAAAAAGACUGUAUAAAUAAAGACAGCCAAUCAGAAAACUGUUCAGAUGAACUCAGUGAACAUCAAGAGGUGAAUGAAAGAAACUUCGGGGAUCAAUCUGAGCACCCUCAUGAUUCUGUAUUAGUAGAUGAAGACAGAAAGCAGAUCAUAAGUGAAUGCAGAGAGGACUUAACAGAGGAAGAGGAAGGAAACACAGACGAAGGUGCAGAAGAGAACAUUCCUGAGAAAAGUGAAGAAGAACCAAAGCCAGAUGUGAAGAAGAGGGUGAUGGAUAUUGAGAGAGGGGUCUUUAAACCCAAAUCCUAAACCAACAGAUUCUAUCAUCAAUGUAUUGCCGUGAUAAAGAGAAGCGAGGAAACAUCACAAAGUCAGAUGAACUAACGUCAAAGACAUCAAGUCAACUCACACAUGUGGUGCUCAGAAACAUUUUAUUUACAGAAGGUGCUACAGUAAACUAUAUGAUGACAAAGAUGUUCAAAUCAGAGUAACAGAUCGAACAUUUCAUGGUGAUGUGCACAUGUGAAACUGGUUUCCAGAUACUUGUGAACAACACAAUGAUAAAAAGAUCUAAACUUGAAUGAAAUUACACCGUCUGAGAAAACAUGUAUUUAUAUUAUUCUAAUGUUAAGAUAAUUGUCAGAUGUUGUUUUUGUAUAUAAAAGAUGUGAUAAUAUAUUAAAUAAAUGAAGGAUUGCAUCUUA